UGUAUCCAGUGAUUGUUUUACAGCGAACCAAAAUGAGUUAUGGUUAUCAAGGACCACCACCACCAGUGAUUCCUGGAAAUGUAAAACCACCAACAUCAUUUGGGGCUCCACCUGGCACACCCUCUGCCCCCGGUGCUCCGCCUUAUUCUCAAAGUGACAACAUAGGCUUUACAAAUAUUCCUCCUGUAUCUUUUGGAAUGCCACAGCCUUAUUCUUCUCAAGUCUUAACUCCUUAUCCAACACAACCUUGUCAUCCUAUACCUAAUCAAUAUCCUCAAUAUCCUCCUCCAACUCCAGAAACUCCUCAACAAAUGCCUUUACUUAUGCAAAAGUCGACUUCUUCUUAUCCUCAGCAAAUGCAGCAAUCAUAUUUAAAUCAAUUUACAGUAUAUCCACAACAGCAAAAUUAUAAUUAUCCAAAUCUUCAGACUAUAUCAGACUCAAAAGAAUAUUUUAAUACAUCUUCUCCUUAUACCUUUGGUCCCAAUGUUUAUUCAAAUAAUUCAAGUUCCUAUCAAAGCGGAAGCUAUCCUGGGGGGCAGGGUGCAGGAUUCUAUUCUCCACACAAGGAUAGAUCUUAUCAAGCUCAUCCAGCCCCAGCCCCCCGGAGAAAUCAGUUUGCGCCUAAGUUAUCUCCUACAGUCAUAUCAUAUAAUGAUUUUGAUGCCAGAGCAGAUGCAGAAAUUUUAAGGAAAGCAAUGAAAGGUUUUGGUACAGAUGAAAAGGCUAUUAUUAAUGUACUUGCCAAUCGCAGUAAUCUACAGCGCCAAGAAAUUGCUGUUCAAUUUAAGACUUUAUAUGGGAAGGAUCUUAUAAAAGAUUUAAAAUCCGAAUUAUCGGGCAAUUUCGAAAAAUUAAUUCUUGCUAUGAUGAUGCCAUUACCACAAUUUUAUGCUAAAGAAUUGCAUGAUGCAAUGGCAGGUAUUGGUACCGACGAAUGCGUUCUUAUCGAAGUAUUGUGUACUAUGUCUAAUCAUGAGAUUUGUGUAAUUAAACAAGCUUAUGAAGCAAUGUAUGGAAAAACAUUAGAGGAUGAUUUAAGAGAUGAUACUUCUGGAAAUUUCAAGCGAUUAAUGGUAUCAUUAUGUUGUGCUAAUAGAGAUGAAUCAUUUGAUGUGAAUCCUGCAUCUGCUAUAGAAGAUGCAAAAGAACUUCUCAGAGCUGGUGAACUUCGUUUUGGAACUGAUGAAUCAGUAUUUAACUCAAUACUUGUUCAAAGAAAUGUUCCACAACUGAAACAAAUAUUUGAAGAAUAUGAAAAUAUUACUGGUAACAACAUUGAAACUGCAAUCAAAAACGAGUUUUCAGGUGAUAUUAAGAAAGGUCUUUUAGCAAUUGUGGAAUGCGUUAAAGAUAGAGCAGGUUUUUUUGCUGAACAAUUGUAUAAAAGCAUGAAAGGUCUUGGUACAGAUGAUGAUCGUUUAAUCAGAUUGGUUGUUACUCGUUGUGAAAUAGACAUGGGAGAAAUCAAAGAAAUAUUUAGACAGCGAUAUAAUGAAUCGCUGGAAGAUUUUAUUUCCGGUGAUUGUUCUGGUCAUUACAAAAAAUGUCUUCUAGCACUCAUUUCUUAAAACUAUUAACAGAAGUUAUAUUUGGUUCCAUUUAAUAACUUUUUCAAAUACAUUUUACAACUUAUAUAUUUGUUUAUAUAUUCUUCAUUCUUUAAUGUGUUGAUGUAAAUGAAUGAUAUAUUGAAAUAUUAUAAUUUACAUAAAAACUUUUAAUUACAAUUUUAAUUACAUAAAAAAAUUUAUAAAAGUUUACAUAUAUUACUAUAAGGUAUAAGGUAAAGCUUUGUACUAUGAAUCUCAAAUCUUUAUAUUAUUGUUAAAAAUUGAAAUGUUAUAAAAGUAUUAAUUACUAAUACUACAAAUCUAUAAUAAAAUAUUUAAAAACGAAGUAUUUACGAUAAAAUGAUAACUAGUAUUUUAAUAUUUAUAAAAUUUAUUGUUAUCAUUUUUAUUUUAUAUAUGCAUAUAUAUAUAUAUAUAUAUAUAUAUUUCUAUAUAAUAUUAUAUAUUUUAUGAAUAUUCUAAAAUAAAAAUAAAUGAAAGAAAAUAAAAAUGCAAAUUUUAAAUAUUUUAAAAUUUUAUUAAAUAAAUAAUAUAUUUACAAUUGAAUAUAUUUAUCAUUCCUUAAUUUACCAAGAAAUUCUUUGAGGAUAAGGCUGAUCAUUCCAAUAAAAAACUUUAUUGAUAAAAAUAUAAAAUUGCAAAAAAUUUAUUAUUAAUGUAGUUAUUGAUUCUGCAAUAAUUUGCCAUGUUUUUGGUUUUUUAAUAAAACAACGAUAAAGUAUAUAUGGAAUGAUAAAAUAUCUUGGUUCUAUUAAUAAUUGUGGAAUAAGUACUAUAGAAACCAUAAGAAUAUAAUUAAUCUGUGUUAUAAAUCUUAAAUGUUUAAGCCCAUGAAACAUUGUAUACAAAGUGAAUGAGUAUAAUGGUAC